UCCGCAACUUGUAAUUAAUCAUCAAUUUACUUCCAAAUCAAUCUGGAUAAGGAUCAUCACGUGAUUAUCUUCUCUAAAUAAUUCCGAAAUUCAGCCGUGCUUCCAUCAGUAAAUCGAAUGAAUUUGGAAGAGAUUUUAUCAAUUUUUUGAGCAACACGGAGUAAAAAAAAGUUAUAAAUUCUAUCGAAUUUGUAACGAAGAUCAAGUCGAAGGAAACAUAAAUAAGAAAUGCCCCACUAAAACUAUCCUUCAUUUCACAUCCAUCUAUUCAACUCCAAAAAUGUCUACUCCAAACACAGAACCUCCCCAAUUUAUCCCCCCUCCUGCCGAACCAUCCCCGCCAAAUGCUGCUACCGCUGGUCGGCCAGCCCCUUCCACGCCCACGAUUCGAUUCGGCGUCACUGCAACCGUUAGAGCCACCCAGCAUCAACUUCCCUCCUCAAAUCGUACCAAUUUAGGCGGCUCGUCGGGGGGCACCAACGUUCCCCCCGCGACGAACAAUAACGCCGGCGAGGUUCCACAACAAACGCAGAAUCUCUUUCAAAUGAGGGAUCGCCUCUUUUUAGCCCUGUUUUUCCGUGUUUCGCUCAUCUACGCGAGAACAUGUCCGAAAAAUAUACGCCGAGCGUUAGAAUUUCUACUGCUAAUGCAAUCCAUAAUUUUGCUCUUUAUUUUGGGAUAUAUUCACAUCGUGUAUACGCGAUCGCCGACCACGUGUCUGACCGAGUAUAAGGAUUCCUGGCCGAAAAAUGGGGUGUUGAGGGUGGAAAUCACGUACAAUAAUGAAGGAUACGAUUUGAUGAAGUCGUACGGAAAAGAGGAGAGGAUGCGGCAACGAGCGACAUCGUCACAGUUUGUGCAGUAUACGGACGAGUUCUUUUCAAUGAUGAUGACGGCGGAUUCCGCCAUCUUGGACAAAGUCGUCUCCACCGCGGGCGACAUUUAUGCCUCCGUCACCGGGGACACAUCCACCCAAACCACCGACAAGGUCAUCCCAACUUCCUCCGUUGACACAGAACCUCCCAGACACAGUUCGGGGGCUGGGGCGUCAUCCACAACGACGACGGAUUCUUCUCCGCCUUCCAGCACACUUACGCCUGGCGGAAAUAGUCCAGAAAACGGCGACGUCGUCGACGAAUCCGAAGCGAAUAAGAAGCAUGACGAAAUUGAUCCAAGCCAAAAUCGAAGCGCGGCCGAAUUGGAGGACGAUAUUCUCGUGCAAGCCGCAGAAGGCGACGAGGAGCGGAGUAGCAUUGCUGAAGCUGACAUAGACGGAAUUUCCCCCUCAAUCCCCAUCACGGCGAGUGGAGAGGGCAGUAGUUCCACGGGGGCAGGGGGAGGCUCGGAAGGAUAUGAACAUAUUGACGUUAACAAUCCGGAUUCCCCAUAUUUCAACAAGACUCCGGAAGAGAUCGAAAUCAUGAAGCUGCAAGAGAAGCAUAUUGAAGAUGACAAAUUAUUAAAUUCCAGUGUCACCGAUUACGAGAUGUUUUCAAACUCUGUGUGGAUCCAGGAGCAAGCAUACAUUGUCGAAUACGCUUUGGAGUACGGAUUCCUCCGUCUCUCUCCCGACACGAGGCAAAAACUGGGAAUUCCUGUAAAGCUCGUGGUCCUCGAUCCCAGCAAGGAAACCUGCUUUGGCGAUUACUUUAGUCUCUUCGUACUCGAAAAUAUUUUGGGUUAUGAUGAUAUUCUGAUGUCGAGCAUCAAAAAUCUGGCCGAAACCGAAGAAAAUAAGGGUUACUUGAGAAACGUCGUGACCGGGGAACAAUUUCGCUUCGUGCCGAUGUGGAUGGCUCGAACAUCUUACAUUCCUGCUUUGCUGAUCAUGCUAGUUUUUACCGUUUCAAUUUCCAUGCUUCUCCGGUACUCGCACCAUCAAAUUUUCGUCUUUAUUGUCGACUUGCUGAACAACAUUGAGGGUGCGGCGGGAGCCAUACAUAUCCCGGCCGCUCCAUUAUUCACCGUUAUUCUCGCACUCGUAGGGAUGGAAGCAAUCAUGUCGGAGUUUUUUAACGAUAGUUCGACCGCUUUUUACGUCAUCUUGAUUGUCUGGAUUGCCGAUCAGUACGACGCCGUUUGCAGCCAUACCAGCAUAACAAAGACGUUCUGGGUCAGGUUCUUCUACCUCUACCAUUUCGCCUUCUACGCGUAUUCCUACCGAUUCAAUGGACAAUACGGCGGACUGGCGCUCCUCGUCUCGUGGUCUUUCAUCCAGCAUUCAAUGGUCUUCUUCUACCACCACUACGAACUCCCCGCCAUACUUCGCCAAGCGCAUCAAACCCACUACCCGACCAGACUCCCCACCACGCGACAAGCACGUGGCGGGUCAGCCCCACCAGACCCCACACCUUCCCCUGCCCCUCACCCCAAUCCCGAACAAUCAUCUGUACCCCCACCCCCCACAAAUAAUCCCCCUUUAACAACCCCAACCCCCUCAACCCCUCUAAUUUCCUCGUCAUCCCCACUCUCCCCCACGACACGGCCACACUGGUCAACGUCCACCCGGGUAGCCCCCGUCAUCACAGAAACUUCAUCAUCUUCAGACGUCCCCCUCGCCCCCACAAUUUUUAACCGGGUAUCACCCGAAAACGUCGCCUCGUUACUGCUCCAAAAUGGUCGUGGAGGAGCAGAAUCCAGCCCCCAAGACGUCGCCCCAACUAUUUUUAAUCAUCGGGGAGAGUCCUCACUACUUCGAGCUGGUCAAAGUGGUGGUGGUGAAAGUAACACAGCUUGUAACCGUGUGAGCAGUGGUGGUGUGAAUAAUAAUGAGUGUAAUCCGACCCCAAAAGUCCACCACGAUGUCGUCGUUACGCAAGAAGAAACUCCUCUUCCUCCUACUUCAAACCCCGCUCAAAUUACGACUUCUCCGAAUUUUAGUGAAAGUCAGAGUCACCACGACCAAGGAAAUCUCGGCGGAGUGGUGAAUGCUUCUGGUAUCUCCUCCUCUGGUCUCCUCUCGCCGCAUCAGGAUGGUGACGGCUUAAGACAUCGAUUUCCUACGAGUGAUGCUCCUGCUGAUGGAGAAGCUGGGGAGGCCAUCACCACUCCACGAAUGAGGAUGACAAACAUGAUGGAAGAACUGGAUUGAUCACACCAAACAGCCAACAAGAUAAUAAUAAUAAUGAUGAUGACGGGGUGCAGCCUGCUUUAAGAAGAAGAAGAGUUGAAGAAUUGCGAUAAUGACGUCGGGAGACGGAGCUUGAGAUGAGAAGAAAACCGAGAAAAUCAUCAAAAACACAACCCAACAACCCUUCCCCUCCCCAAAAAACGUAAAGUUUCCUAUCCCCUCUCAAAAUGCAAAAGUUAUAUCAUGAUAAGAAUUUUACACUCACCGGAGAAAGUCAAAUUUCCGAAAAAAUGCAUAAUAACUAGAAAUGUUUGUUCUCUUCUCAAGUAUUAUUCAUUCAUAAUCAAUAAAUAUGCAUAAUAAUUUUCAAUUUAUUACUAUAUUUACAUUUACAUAAUUAUUUAUGCAAUACUCAACUGGCUUGCGUUGCAUAAUUGUAAAAAUAGUUAAGAAAUAUGUGUCCUUGCAAUUUAAUAUUAACUUACAUAUGUAUCCCUUUAAAGAAAAAGCUAUUCUUGGAAUGUGGAGGGAGAUAUGUAUCGUCAUUAUUUUGCAUAUUAUGUGAUAAAAUAUACAUAAAUAGAUUAAGGAAUCGAUCACGUACGUAAAUAAGUUAGUUCGUCUCCGACGAGUUACUAAAUAUAGCGUGGAAUUAUUCGUGCUAGCCACCUCAUUUGGAUAUUUUGACCCAGAAUUCAUUCAACAUAGAAAAUAGGCAUUGUCCAAUUUAUGCAAAUGAGGUGACACGCACAAAUAAUUCUACUUAAUGUACUGUGGAAUUAUUGUUGUGGUUCACCUCAUUUGCAUAUUUUGACGCAUUCCCCCUCGAGUUCAACAUAGAAAACCACACAAUGGGCAUAGUGGGAUUUAUGCAAAUGAGGUGACACACACAAAUAACUCCACCGUACUUUCAACCUAAUAAUAUCCUACAUACGUAUUCUUGUUAAAUUCCCAGAAACUAAAAGUGCUAAGUAAUCUUGUCAUUCAAUUUUUAGCAGGUCUUGGCAAAUACUAAAUUUAAGAGUAAACUCUGUAAAUAUGUAAAUUCAGUAAGUUUUUUGCAGUAAACUUAUCAUCGCUUCCACGUACGUAAAUAAAUCAACUACGCCAUGAAAUUGGGAGGAAAUAUAUCUAUAUAUUUUGUAACCUUGCAAAAACAAUUCACGCAGCCAAUAAAUAUUACAUGUAUUUACUUAUUAAUAAAUAGUAAAUUACACUUAAUAGUUCAUCAUAAUAAAUAGUGUUGAAAUUAUUUAAAUUACGUAUCCGUAGUAUUUUACUAGUAAACGAGAGAUUGCGAAGUAUGUAGUAAAACUACUAAAAAAAUUGUAGCUAUGUAAUUUACAUAUGUACAUCUUGUUAACUAAUUUACAUAAAUAAAUAGUCAUCAUGAUGUCCUCUCGAGUAGAAUAAUUGCGUAACGUUGCAAUGAAAAUGAAUAUUAUUGUGUAGCAAGCAGCUCUAUGUUACUUUACUUUACUUGUUAUCCAUCCGGUCAAACGGUGGUCAUUAAAUAAAAACAUAAUCAAUCUUCAGAAAAAGAAA